UAAUCGGUAUCGGCAUUGAAAAAUCAUAGUCGGUCGACCUCUAGUUCAGAUGCACAUCCACAACUGUGUAUGCUGCUAUAGGUUUGGUCAGGCCAGCGUUUUCUCGAAUAACCUCCGCCAGCUCCAUUUGAUUUGGUCUAGGUGUCAUAAUACCCAUAAAACCAGGGAAAUGGUUCCAAUUGUUUUUCUAUUCAUUUUUCCCAUAGGGGAUUUUAGAAGCACUUAAAAUAAGGGAUGUUUCAUAUAGUCUUACACUGGUGUGACGCUUUGAUACCAAUGUAAAUCUCUCUUGGACUUGGUGACUUCUCAAUAAAUUCGGCUGGAUUUACUCUCAAAUUCGAAAAUGCUAAUUAGCAUCAAAGUAGACAUCAUGCAAAACUACAAAUCCCUGGAAGCUCCUGCACGUCAUCGCUAGCUGACACCUUUGUAAUUAACCGGUAUUGUGUCAAUUUUAAAACUUGCACAAGAUGGUUCACAGAAUUGUCCAUUUAAAGAAAUGUAGCCAAUUUAUUAAUUACUACAUUUAGAUAACUAAUCCACAUUUUCUUACCUUUGCCUCAAUUCAGCGGUCUCGUCCAGAUCAUGUCAUUUGUAGUUCUUUAUGACAGCCACAUUGGCAGCUAAUUAGCGUUUCAUUUGGGGGUGUAAAUACAGGGGAAUAUAUUGAUAAGUCACCUUGUCUUAGAUGUUUUACAUGGUUAUCAAAACCAUUUCCCUGUUUGACCACUAGGUUUUAUGGCUCAUACUGUGGUACUAUAUUCCAGUAUAAACACACCUGAUUCAAAUGUUUUACUAAUCAUCAGACUUUUUGGAGACGACUGGAGGUGUGGCUCAGGGAACUCUUCUAGGCCCUCAUCUCCCUUUCAGUCAUUGACAGCGCAGGCCGGGAUGUCGACAAUUUCCAAAAAGGACUUUGAGGGUUUUAAGAACCUCUUCCACAGAUUCCUCCAGGUAAAAGGACCCUCUGUGAAAUGGGACAAGAUCCACAAGCCCCCAGAGGAUCUGAUCCACCCCUAUGACAAGAUCAAGGCCCAGGGGCUGCCGGACAGCGUGGCGGCCAGCCUCAACAAGCUGGUGGUGGUCAAGCUCAACGGAGGCCUGGGCACCAGCAUGGGCUGCAAAGGCCCCAAGAGUGUCAUCAGUGUCCGCAAUGAGAACACCUUCCUGGACCUCACCGUCCAUCAGAUAGAGCACUUAAACAAGACAUUCAACGUGGAUGUGCCUCUUGUUCUCAUGAACUCCUUCAACACCGACGAGGACACCAAGAAAAUCCUGCAGAAGUACACACACCACCGGGUGCACAUCCACACUUUCAACCAGAGCAGAUACCCAAGGAUCAACAAGGAGUCCCUGCUGCCCGUGGCAAAGGACCUGGGAAUGCACGGCGACCACGCCGACGCCUGGUACCCGCCCGGCCACGGAGACAUCUACGCCAGUUUCUACAACUCCGGCCUGCUGGACCAGCUGAUCGCCGCGGGCAAGGAGUACAUCUUCGUGUCCAACAUAGACAACCUGGGCGCCACCGUGGACCUGUUCAUCCUCAACCACCUGAUGACACAGCCCAAAGACAAGCGCUGCGAGUUCAUCAUGGAGGUCACGGACAAGACCCGUGCAGACGUCAAGGGUGGCACGCUGAUCCAGUACGACGACAAGCUGCGUCUGCUGGAGAUUGCCCAGGUGCCCAAAGCCCACGUGGACGAGUUCAAGUCGGUCACCAAGUUCAAGAUCUUCAACACCAACAACCUUUGGAUCUCCCUGGCCGCCAUUAAGAGGCUGCACGAGCAGAACACCAUGGACAUGGAGAUCAUUGUCAACCCGAAGACGCUGGACGGUGGUCUGAACGUGAUCCAGCUGGAAACAGCGGUGGGCGCUGCUAUCAAGGCCUUCGACAACGCCCUGGGCGUCAACGUGCCCCGUAGCCGCUUCCUGCCCGUCAAGACCUCGUCGGACCUGCUGCUGGUCAUGUCCAAUCUCUACAGCCUGGACGCCGGCUCGCUCACCAUGAGCAAGAAGAGGGAGUUCCCCUCCACGCCACACGUCAAGCUGGGCAGCUCUUUCACCAAGGUCCAUGACUUCCUGACGAGGUUUGAGAGCAUCCCAGACAUGCUAGAACUGGAUCACCUCACAGUGUCAGGAGACGUCACCUUUGGAAAGAAUGUCUCUCUCAAGGGAACUGUCAUCAUUAUUGCCAAUCACGGAGAUAGGAUUGAUAUUCCUGCCGGAGCAGUGCUGGAAAACAAGAUUGUAUCUGGCAACCUGCGCAUCCUCGACCACUAAGGCCUUCAGGACACAAGCCGGUUGCACAGACAAGAGACUCAAGGACAAACUAUACCUAGGACUGUUUUAGAGCAAGAAAGGUUUUUAUCACUGUGAUCGAUCAUUUAUCUGCAGCUUACAAAGAAAGACUUGACCACAAUCAGGGUAAUUUUAAUCAGAUUAAAAUGAGUGGGAUGGUCCUCCUAAUGAGCGUUGUGGUUCAGCACACCGUGCAAACACAAGGCUUCUGUUGGAAGCCGAAAGCUGUUACAGGGUUCUAAGGCUGUGUUUACACAAGCAGCCCAAUUCUGACAAAAGAGCUGAGCUAAUUGGUGACAAGGCAUAUUAGUGGAAAAAGAUCAGAAUUGGGCUGCCUGUGUUGCAAAUUCUGAGCCAACUUUGACCUGAAUAAAGUGCAAUAUUGAUUCAA